AUGACGGUGGCGGUGGGCGUUCUUGCCCUUCAGGGCGCCUUCCUCGAACACCUGGUGUUACUGAGGAAGGCAGCAACUCAACUACAGGCACACGCACAGUCACAAUCACGACCGACCGACACGUUCAUCUUCACAGAGGUUCGCAAUGUCAAUCAAUUGGCACGGUGUGAUGCUUUGAUCAUCCCCGGUGGUGAGAGCACCACUAUCUCAUUUGUGGCCGCACAGUCAGGUCUGCUGGAACCCCUCCGAGACUUUGUCAAAGUCAGUCGGAAACCGACCUGGGGAACGUGUGCCGGCUUGAUUCUGCUGGCGGAGGCUGCUAACGCCACCAAGAAAGGUGGUCAGGAGUUGAUCGGCGGCCUGGACGUUCGAGUAAACCGUAACCAUUUCGGCAGACAGGUCGAGAGUUUCCAGGCCAACCUUGACCUGCCAUUUUUAAAAGGGGGCCCGUUUGUUUCCGAUGAGCCAUUCCAUGGCAUAUUCAUCCGAGCUCCCGUGGUGGAAAAGAUCCUUCCAAAUGUUCAAGGGGUUCAGGAAGGAGAGCAAAGGUUGGCCGACACCGUGGUCGCACCAUCCAAAGCGGCCAAGGAUGACCGAGCUCGUUCAGCAAUGAGUGCUGAUGUUGAGGUUAUGGGUAAAUUGCCCGGCCGACUGAAGAAUGCUGCAGCACGAGGAGUAGACGUGCAUGCUGACAACGAGACUGGCGAUAUUAUUGCCGUGAGACAAGGCAACGUCUUUGGAACCAGCUUCCAUCCUGAGCUGACUUCGGAUACUAGGAUACAUGUUUGGUGGCUGCAACAAGUGCUCAAUGCGACGGCAAGAGCUUAA